GGCUUUCGCGAUAUUGACUCCAUUCCUCUGCCUCUCCAACGCCUGAACAAGUCUGGAAGAAACCAUGGCACCCGCCUGUCUCGGUAUUUUAGAGGGGCCCGCCCCUACUUGCCAUGCUACCCGUGGCGUCAAGUCAGCCUCUCAUUCCAAGAGCUCUGCGAUAGUGUCUGAGGUCGGUGAGCUGGGCCCGCCGCCAAAAAAAGAGCCUCUAUUCACAUUCUUUACGCUGGCGUCUUAGCGGGGCAAGUCGUGACGAGAGAGAGAGCUCCUAUAAGUCCUUCUAGCUAGACGCUUGCUCCUUCGUGUCCUUCUACUCCAGGUUCGGUCCUUACCACGCCCCUAACUCUAACUAGCUCCGUCGUACAAGCCACGAUGCUGUCGUCUAUAUUCCUUCUCGUCUGUCCUUUACUGCUGGGGGCGUCCGUGUCGGCCGCUCCGAAGCUCAUCAAGCUCAGCCCCGAAGAUGACGUGGAAAUCCAAUGCGCGGCGGCCGUCACGGUAACGGCUACCAAGACCAUCUGGGCAACGCAGGCUCCGGGCCCGGCCGGCUCUGGCUUCCAGGAGAAAACAGGGAGUCCGGCGGCUCCUCCGACGGCGGCCAGCGAGCAGCACUAUCCGGCCGCGUCCCUAGGCGCCUUCUCGAUGGCCAGCCAGGCCUCUCAUCCAAGCCAAGCCCCCGCCCCUGUCGCGAACGCUCCUUCCAACCAGCCAGAUGCCGCCGGAAAGGCUCAGCCCUCGCUCUCUCCACAGUCUGCGGCUCCCGCUGAAGCGGCUUUUAAUGCUACAGCUGAUGCUGCACCACCGUCAUCCUAUCGCAAUGCACUCUAUUUCACCAACUGGGGUAUUUACGGCGCGAAUUAUCAGCCCCAGCAGCUUCCCGCUUCGCAGAUCACCCACGUUCUAUAUGCUUUUGCAGACAUUGCCUCAGAUGGCGAGGUGAAAACCUCGGACUCGUAUGCAGAUCUGCAGAAGCACUACCCCACCGACUCGUGGAACGACCAGGGCAACAACGCGUACGGGUGCGUCAAGCAGCUAUAUAUCCUUAAGAAGAAGAACCGGAACAUGAAGGUCCUGCUCUCCAUUGGCGGGUGGACGUACUCGCCCAAGUUUCCUCCGGUUGCGGCCACCGAGUCCGGGCGGCAGCGUUUCUGCUCGUCGACAGUCAAGUUGAUUCAAGACUGGGGGCUCGACGGCAUGGAUAUUGACUGGGAGUACCCGGCAAAUGCGGCCGAGGCACAGAACUUUGUCUUGCUCCUUCAGACGUGCCGACAAGCGCUCGACGGCUACGCGGCGCAACACGCUCCGGGCUAUCACUUCCUGAUCACCAUCGCGGCGCCCGCAGGGGCGCAGCACUAUAACAUCAUGGACCUGCCGGGCAUGGACCCGUGGAUAGACGCGUGGCAUCUGAUGGCGUACGACUACGCGGGCUCGUGGGAUUUGACGUCGGGCCACCAGUCCAACAUCUUCGCCAAUGGCAACAACCCGCAGAGCACAAAGUUCAGCACGGAACAGGCGGUCCGCGACUACCUAGUGCGCGGCAUCCCGGCGAAUAAGAUUGUGAUGGGACUCCCGCUGUAUGGGCGAUCGUUCGAGGCGACGCCCGGGCUCGGCCAGCCGUACAACGGCAUCGGCGCGGGUUCGAUCCAGUCGGGCGUCUGGCUGUACCGCGACCUACCGCGCGCAGGCGCGCAAGAGAUGUUCGACGACGUAGCCAAGGCCAGCUACAGCUACGACCAGGGCAACAAGGAGCUCAUCACGUACGACACGGUCACCAGCGCCGUGACGAAAGCCCAAUACCUCGUCAAGCGCGGCCUCGGCGGCGCCGUCUUCUGGGAGGCCAGCGGCGACAAGUCGGGCGCUAGCAGCCUCGUCGCCACCCUCGCCCAGCAGAUGGCCGCCCUUGACCCCUCGCCGAACUUGCUCGUCUACCCGGCCAGCCAGUACGACAACAUCCGCGCCGGCAUGCCGGGCGCUUGAGCCACUGUGGGCGACUAUGCAUAGUUCCUGAAGAUGGGAGACGGCGUAGUUUGGUUUGUUUCUGCUUUUUUACAUUCACCCACAAACCCAGGGCUGUGCUCAGGGGGGCCUUUUUUCUUCG